AUGUUUAGGAAAAUUCUGCUGUCUGUUGCAUUCCUCAGCGAGGAGAAGAUUGCUGCCAAAGUGAAGUACCUGAAGAGCACCUUCAGCUGGUCGGAUACUGAGGUGGGCAUUGCUUUGUCCAAGGUUCUGUCUGUGCUGAGCAGGUCAAAGAACAUGCUGCAGCGCAGAUCCGAGUUCCUUCUCUCUGAGUUGAAGUUGGAGCCGGCCUACAUUGCUCAUCGACCGGCAAUGCUCACUUACAGCCUCGAGGGCCGGCUCAGACCCUGCUACUAUGUUGUGAAAUUUCUUAAGGAAAAUGGAUGGCUAGCGCACAUACAUAGCUACUAUACAGCACUGCUUUGGAUUGAGAAGGUAUUUAUGGAGAAGUACAUAUGCCCUCACAUGAAAGCUGCACCACACCUUGCUUAA